GUGUGUGUGUGUGUGUGUGUGUGUGUGUGUGUAGUAAAUCAAACACAAUGAAAUAUAUAAACACGCUUCAAGUGUUUUGUUCUGAAAAUCAGAACCAGAAGUCUCACUAGAGAGUGAAUAAUGAGAAUAAACGCACCUCUGCCGUUUGUCAGCAGUUGUUUCAUGUUAAUGUGAUUCGUCUUGUGGCCACAGGGCGGCGCUGCGGGCCGGUGAGAACUCCACCUGAGUUUAGACCGGACUCUGGAUCUGAUUGGUCCGCGUGCGUAAAGCGCGUCUCAUCCUGCUUUUAUUUUGGUGACUGGUGUCUCGGCAGGUCAGUCUCGUGCAGCGUUCUGACAGGAAGUUACAGUCUGAGUUUUAUCUUCCAACUGAGACUGAAAGUUUCACUUAAUGGGAAACUUUCCAUCUGUCCUUCACUGCGCGUAAAGAGACCAGAGCGGAGAAACCUCCUCAUCAUGUCCGCCAGUGUUCUGGUGAAAACCCUGGAGGACCUCAGCCUGGACUCGGGCUAUGUGGCCGGGGACCCCUGCCCGUCCCUCAGCCUGUCCUCCUCCGGCAGGUCGAGGCAGUCUGUGCCGCACACCAGCACUCCUCACCGGGGCAGCUGGUGGCAGCAGGCCGGCUCUCUGUACAGCAGGAACGGCAGCUGGGACACGGUGAGCACGCUGCCGGAGGACGCGGCGGAGACCCUGUCCAGGUGCCCCUGCCUGCCCGAGCUGGAGGAGUACCCCUGGAGCGAGCAGGAGCUGCGGGAAGUCGUGCGUCGUGUGGCCGGCUCGGACGCGUCGUUCACCGCGGAGGCUGUCCGCCGGCUGUCCGCUCUGCUCCGGAGGGCGCUGGUGCGGAUCUCCCGGGAGGCGCAGCGGCUGAGCGAGCUCCACAGGCGGUGCACGCGCCUGGAGGUGCAGAGCGCGGCGAGGCUCGUGCUGAGCUGGGGUCUGGCCGACAGGUGCGUCUCCUCCGCGGUGAGGGCCGUGUCCCUGCACUGCAUGAGCUCCGGGGACACCGCGCGCCAGCGGAGCAAGUCCGCGCGCUGCGGGCUGACUCUGUGCGUGGGCCGCUUCUUCAGGUGGAUGGUGGACACGCGCGUGUCGGUGCGCGUCCACGAGUACGCCGCCGUCUGCCUGGCAGCCUGCGUGGAGAGUUUGAUGGAGGAGGUGACCGGACGGGCGCUGCAGGCGGCGCGGCUGGCCGGGACGGAGGAGCAGGAGCGGGGCGGCGCGCUCACCUGCUGCCCGGUGACCGCGGAGCUGCUGGACGGAGCCGUCAACAGCGACGCGGAGCUGUGGGGACUGAUGCAGGUGUACGAGCACCUGAUGAGUGGCAGGAACGCGAAUGGUGAGCUGUCGCUGCCGGCCCAUGUCAGCCCGUACACGAAGGUUCCCGAGGACUCUGUGGAGAGCAGGGAGGAUGCCUACAUCCAGCUGGAGCUGCGGACACUGGAGCAGGCUCUGCUGGCUACCUGUGUGGGCAGCAUCGCCGAGCUCAGUGAUCUGGUGUCUCGAGCGAUGCACCACAUGCAGCGUCUGCGCAGCUCCAGCCCCUCCAUCAGCCCCGCCCGCUCAGCCAAUCAGACGGCAGUAUCCUGGGCCCCGGACGCCCUCAGAACGCUCUACUACUUCCUGUCCAGCCCACAGAUGGAGUCCAUGGAAAAUCCAAACCUGGAGCCUCCGACCAUGGCGCUCAACAGAGAGAGGCCGUUCCUGCUCCUCCCUCCUCUCAUGGAGUGGAUCCGAGUCGCCGUGGUGCACGCUGAACAUCGCCACAGCCUAUUGGUGGACAGUGAUGAUGUCAGACAGACGGCCAGGCAGCUCCUCCCAGGAUUGGACUGUGAGCCCCGACAGCUAAAGUCUGAGUGCUGCUUCCAGUCCUUUAAGUGUUUGGACUCUGAAGCGGCUUCGGCCAAGUUCCAGCUGGAUCUGGGCUUCAGGAUGCUCUCGUGUGGCCGAGCCGACCUGGUCCAACAGGCCACACGGCUCCUGGGAGCUGAGGGGGUGAACACCAUGGACGACCAGGGAAUGACUCCUCUGAUGUACGCCUCUGCAGCGGGAGAUGAAGCUCUGGUUCAGAUGCUCAUCGAGGCCGGAGCUCACCUGGACCUGCAGGUCCCCGGCUGCUCCGUCAGACACCCGUCGGUUCACCCCGGCAGUCGGCGCUGGGCUGCUGUGACGUUCGCUGUGCUGCACAGUCACCUGUCUGUGGCUCAGCUGCUGCUGGAGGCCGGAGCAGAUGUGGAGGGUGGAGCCCUGCUGGACGGUCAGGAGAGCUCCGCUGAGACGCCACUACAGCUCGCUGCUGCUGCAGGUGACUAUGAGAUGGUGAGCUUGCUGCUCACAUACGGCGCUGACCCUCUGCUCAGAGUGCAUCAUGGGAACUCACUGGCGUCUCCACUGUACGAGGACAUGAACUGCUUCAGCUACGCGGCUGCACACGGACACAGGAACGUCCUGAGGAGGCUGCUGCUGCAGCACCAGCACAGGAAGGAGGACAUCCUGUCUCUGGAGGAGAUCCUGGCUGAAGGAGUGGAGGAGGAGCAGGAGGAGGAUGAAGACGAUCAUUCCUCCAGCUCCGUCCCCAGACUGUGUAAGGCCCGGAUGAAAGCCCUGCAGCAGGCGGCGUACUACAGCGCCGAGCACGGAUACCUGGACGUCACCAUGGAGCUCAGAGAGAUGGGUGUUCCCUGGAGGCUGCACAUCUGGCUGCAGAGUCUCCACAGAGCCCAGCAGCUGUGCAGGGACAAAGUCGUGGUCUCGCUGCUCUCGGAGUUCGGCUCCAUCAGGACGGAGGACUACAGCCCCGAGCUGCUCUCCACAGGAGUACCGCUCAUGUUCAGCAUGCUGGAGACGAGUAAGGACUACGUGAUAACGAAGCGGCUGGCGUCUGUGUUCGCUCAGUGUUACGGCUGCUCUCCGGUUCCUCCCGUCCCGCCCGCGGACGUCACUCUGUCCACACAGCUAGAUGUUCACUUCCUGAACAACCAGGAGAUGUCAGACGUGACGUUCAUGGUGGAGGGCCGGCCGUUCUUCGCUCACCGGGUGCUGCUGAUGUCGGCGUCUGAACGGUUUCGAUGGAUGCUCUGCGACUCUCCUGAUGACAUCAUCCACAUCAGUCACAUGACCUACAGCACCUUCCAGAUCAUGAUGAAGUCUCUGUACUGUGGAGGAACUGAAGGACUGACGCUGUCACACUCUGAAGCCGUGAAGCUGCUGCCGGUGGCGUCUUUCUUCCAGCUCAGAGGUCUGCAGAGGAGCUGUGAGAUGAAACUGUCUCAGAGCGUGACUCUGGACAACGCUGUCGACGUCUACCGGACUGCAAAGCGUCACGGAGGAUCUGAGCUCCGCAGGUUCUGUGAAGGAUUCUUCCUGCAGAACAUGGAUCUGCUGCUGGACCGGGAGGACUUCCACCGCCUGCUGCUGGGAGCUGUCUGCCUGGAGCUGGAAGCCCAGGACCAGGAUGCACCGGUUCUCCUGAGGGUCCUGGAGGACGCGCUGAUCCAGAGACUCUACAGCCUCCACUCGGCAUGUCGAGAGUAGAAAUACUCCUGCGGCCUCAGCAGCACGUUUGUGAAAAGCAGCCGUGUUUACUCUUAAAGUGUGUCUUCUUUGGGAGAACAUUAGAGAAGAAGAUAAAACAAAUGUUGAAGUUAUUCAUCGUAUUUAUUAAUCUGACACACGCGAACGUUUCUGAUCCGAGUCAUCGUCACUUUGAUUUACAGCGACAGGAAACGAGAACAUUCCCAGAUGGUUUCUGUUUCUUUGACUGUUGGUUGAACAAACUAAGCAACUUAUUUCUUUAUUUGUUGUGUUACUCAUAGAAGUGAUGGAUAUUCAAUGUUUUUGUGUCAGAAUGUUCCUCAUAUUUCAAAACUCGAUUACCUCAGGAUACUUGUUCUAAAACUGUUAAUAGAAGCCAAACUGAAGCUCUGACUGAAAUGUGUUUGUUGUAUCGUCGUGUUUAACCUGUUAGGAUUCAACCUCAAAGUUUGACGUACUGAUGAUGAUGUUUGUCAUUUCAUGUCGACUGGAUGUAGUUUGUUAAAUGAAGGUUGUGUGGACAGGAUUUUUUAAAAGCACAGACGAAACGCUACGUAAAGAAAAGAUCUGUAACUGAAUAUAUUUUUGUGAAUAAACAUCUCAGUAAGAAAAUGUG